UAAAACAACAAUAAGAAAAAUGAAUUACAAUUUAGAAAUGACACCAAAAUAUUUUAAUUUUAAUAUGUAGUUAAGAAGAUAAAAUGUAUGUGGUUAGGAAGAUGAAAAGAUAUACAGUUCAUUAAACUGAGCUACUUGUUAAAGUUGCCGGGUUGUUGAAGGGGAAAUAAAUAGGUAUAAUUUCCUGUUGUCAUCCAUGCUGGAAGACGUGGCUUUAUGAAACCUCUCCAGCUACUCUCAAUUACUGCUGACUACACCCUCCUCUCCACUUCAUCUUUCUUUCUCAUACUACUGUCACAACUGUAGAGAGGUCUGUCAUAUAACUCAACCUCUAUCUGGCUGUCAGGACCGCUACAGUUUUAUCCUCAACAUGCCGCGACAGCAGGAAUUAAUGGAUAAAGCUGAGGAUGUGGUGGACCUGAUCCUCCGAAAUAGCAAAUUCUUUUUACCUCAUGUUGCCCGAUUUUGUUUAAUUAGCACCUUCUUAGAAGAUGGAAUUCGUAUGUGGAGUCAGUGGAAUGAACAACAAGACUACAUGAACUCCACCUGGGGCUGUGGUUGGCUGUUAGCAGCAUUCUUUGUUGUUUUUAACUUAGUUGGACAGCUAGGAGGUUGUAUAAUGAUAUUAAGUCGACAGAAGGUAUCUGCUGCUUGUGGUAUAUUGUUUGGUAUCAUCUUUAUACAGACUGUGGCAUAUAGUAUUCUGUGGGAUUUGAAAUUUUUACUCAGAAAUUUGGCUCUUGCUGGUGGAGUGUUAUUGUUGCUAGCAGAAUCUAAAGCAGAAGGUCGCAGUCUGUUUGCUGGUUUACCAAGCCUAGGAGAAAAUAACCCUAAGCAAUAUAUGCAACUCAGUGGCCGAAUUUUGUUAGUUCUUAUGUUUCUUACACUUCUGCGUUUUGACUUGAACCUGUUUCAAAUAAUUGAGAAUUUGGUGGGCACUGGUCUCAUUUUGUUGGUUGCCGUUGGUUACAAGACUAAACUGUCUGCAUUGGCACUUGUUGUUUGGCUGACAGCACUGAAUUUUUAUUUCAAUGCUUGGUGGAAUAUUCCAGACUAUAGGCCAAUGCGAGAUUUUCUAAAAUAUGACUUUUUCCAAACUCUGUCUGUUGUUGGUGGACUGUUACUUGUUGUAGCCUAUGGGCCUGGGGGUGUAAGUAUGGACGAACACAAGAAAAAUUGGUAAUCUGCUACACCAUUACAGUUCAGCUGAACUCUCCUAUUCUUGUUGUUCCAGCUUCAAUAUGUGGCUAUUGUCUUAUUUUUCAUCAGUUCUGUUUUUCUUAUUCUUUCUUUAAAAUGGUUGUGGAUCAAACAUUCUGAUACACUAACUUUGGUUUCCUUCCACUAGUACUGUUUUUUGUAAUCAAUUUAUAGAAUCAGAGAAAUGAAAUUUUAAGAAGAAAGUGAAAGAUAGUUGAAUGAAAUAACUUGAAUGAAUAUGAAUUAUUAAAGAAAGAGAGAAUAGUUUUAAGACACUUCAAUACCUUAUAAAGAGCAUAUAGACCUCUCAAAUUGCUCUGCUACAAUUUAUUUGAUCUUUUUUUUUUUUAAAGAUAAGUUUAAUGAAGUAUAUGUUUUGUUUCCAAAAGUUUUUUUUAAAUCCAGAGAAAUUUUGAAAUAUUCUAAAAUGUACUGCUUACAAACUGAAUAGUUUAUUAGAAUUUCUAUAAGAUAAUGUUCUCUCUUCAACACAUACACCAUUUAACAGGUAUUUCUAAAAAAAAAAAUUGUAGUUGAAUUUUUUUCUCAGUAUAUUGAUUCAAAUAUAUUGAUCCUUUAAGAGAAGUUAUCACCCUAUAAAUGGUCAUUAAGCAUACUAUUACAACUUAAAUUACAACACCAUUUUCAUUUAUGGUCUCCAUAUUGCUCAACUCUCUCUACCACAAAUAUUUUUUUCUUUUUCAAUGCAAUAAUGUUGAAACUUUUCUGUUCUCAAAUGGAGUAACAAAAUCUGUCCCUGGACCUACUGGCCCUUAUUGUUCAUUUAAUUUCAUUAAUUGAAAACUUAAUGGCUGGAUAUUUGUAGAUGUUAGUAAAGACAAAAAAACAAAAUGCUGAAAGAGAGAAAUUCAAAUAUUUUUUUCCCCCUCUUUAUUUCUUAUGAUCUAAACCUUCUAAUUAUGUGUGAAAUUAAUUUUUGAGAAGAUAACACAAAAUUGGAUGGUGAUGUUAAGUAAAAAGCUUACAACUGCUUUCUUAUUAAUGAAUUUACUAAUUAUAAUGUGCAGUGCAUUAACACUAUUGUAAACCAUGCUGCAAAACUUUCAAAUGGAGACAGUCUCACUGUUUUAUUUGACAGCAGCAAUCUUUUUAUUUUACUCCUUUUUGAGUAAAAGUUGUUUGUUGCGUAACUGAAUCUGUUCAGGAGUAUUUUUGAUUACUUCAGUUUGUGGAGUUCUGAUUGCUGCAGGCAUUGUGUUCUGCUGUUUAACUUUUUCUGUUUUCUACCAUUGUUAAACAUUUCAUGGCAGCAUUUUAUGUAUGUUAUGGACAGAAGAAUGUUUGUAGCCCCAGCAUAUGUAUGUACAUAAUGGUCAUUCUGAUGUUAUUUAUUUAUAGUUAUUCUCCACUAUAAAUAUGCAAUUCAUUUUGAUAUUUUGCCAGCUAUGUCAAUGUUUGUCAAAUUUCCACUAUAUAUUUUUGAUUUUUACACCAACUUAUCAAAAAAUAUCCUGCCCAUCAUUUUUUUUUUAUUGUGUCUUAUAAUAUUUUUUCUGUAAGUGGAGGAAUUCUCAAUCUGAUUUUAUGAAAACUGAGGAAAUCCUGGCUGUUGAGGUACACUUUGAUGUGCUAUAAGCUUUGCUUGUAAAUACCUAACAGCUAUAUGGCUACUUGGCUUCUCUUCAUUAUCUUUCAGAAUUUCCAUCAACCUCACACAUUUAACAUCAGCAUGAAUACUGAUACUGUGUUUUUCAACAUAAGUUAAAUGAUAUCAUCCUCUUGGAAGAAGGAAUUUUUAGAUUAAUUUCCAAUUCCUUUCAGAGUCAUUUGAUCUCUGUAAUAUUUGACACUUUAUUUUCUCUAAAUUGCCUGCUGUCUGUCAAUAAUUGUAUGCACAUAUGUACAUAUAUGUUGUGUACAUAUAUACAUACGCUGUGUAUGUAUAUGCAUAUACUGUGUAUUCCUGUUUAACUGCAUGUUGCUUCAUAUUAACCUACCAAAAGCUCAACCCACUGCUAGAGUUUCGUAAAAUCUUAAAUUGUCCUACUACUGGACACAUAUUACUCAGUCAACUAUUGAGCAUAUGUGAUUUAGCUCACAGCUGGGUAUUUGUGGUUCCUGACUUACCUAACUACUAGGUAAUUGUGAAUCCUGACAUACUCUACAACUAGACAAUGGUUUCUUCCAUGUUUUGAUGUUUAUAGGGCAACAGACAGUGUUAUUUUAUCCUUAGUUUAAGAUCAGUUAUAAUCUCCAUUUCAUCAUCAUUAUCUCUAAAUUCUAAUUCAUCACUUUUAAAUUUGGAUUCAUCAGUUUUCAAAAGAACUAAUUCAUUACAAAAAUUUAAGUCCACUCCCUCUCUCUUUCAUGCAUGUGUAAGUUUGUUUCUCCUUCUCAUGUCAAUUGUAUCAUUAUCUUGACUUCCAACUAAGCCACAAACCUCUGUGAUACAAUCUGACAUGGCCAAAAUGUCAUGCAACUCUUUGAUGACCUCCAUCAGAUUGUAUAUCUUUUUCCUUGCAAAUGGAACUUUUUUUUUCUUUCAAUAAAUAAAAAAUAUUUAGAGAAAAAGGUUUUAAAAUAUCUGCGAAAGUAAAUUUAAAAAAAAUUUUCUUUCAUAUCUGUCACAGCAUCAGUUUGUGGUGAUAUUAUGAGUGGUGGCAUUUUUAUGGCUGAUGGUUUAACUCUGGUUGUGUGUUUAUAGUAAUGUAUUUGUUUUAAAUGAAGAGCGCAAUCUAUGUGUGCAUGAUAUAUGUAUAUAUGUUGUUCAGCCUGAAGUCAGCCUUGAUUCACUAGACUUUAAAAUCAAAGAAUACAAGCCAUGACCAUUCUCUUUUUUCCGGUACUGUGUCCAGCACCACAUCAUCCAAUGUAUCCUUUUCUAAAAUGGUAGGAUGUAAUUUGGUUCAACAUUAUGAUAUAUAAAACUAGAAGUAACCAGCUGCUUCAUUUGACAACAAAUUUUCUCUCUCCUUCAAAUUGUGAGGCAUUAGAUAGGUGAUAAGUGGACUGUAAAGACUGAACAAUCAAUCCUUAUGAAUUAAAGUGCCUGUUUUAUAGGGCUGUUAAAGAAAAUCAGUAUUAAACAGAUGGGAAAUGUUAUCUUGAACAUGGGAGUAAUCAAUAUGAAAUGAUUAUGAUAGUAUUUAUUUGUUUGGACAGGGCUCAUGACCCUUUUUCAAGGUUUCCUCUAUUGAUGGGAUGGAAACCUCAAGCCACAGACUUGUCGCAAUUGUUUACAUGUACAGAGUGGACUCUCUAAAGGCACUCAAGGACCAGGUAGAGAUGUUAAACUAGGUGAUGGGCUAAGUCUAUCAUUCAGGUAGACCAUGGUAGGAUUUAAAGUCAGGACACAAAGAGCUGGAACAAAUAUUGCACAGCAUACCAGCCAAAGCACUAAUAGAUUCUGCCAAUUCACCAUCCCAGAAUAACACUUUAUUCAUUGACCAUAAAAGAUAAAAUUGACUCCAGUGAAUACUCAGAAUAAAUACCAUGAGGCAUUUCAUCCAAUGCCAAUUUACUGCUAGAGAGACUAGUGUAAUUAAGAAUCAAGUACUUUGUUCAUAAAUAGAAUUUAGUAUCAUGAAAAAAUAUAGGAAGAGUUGACACAUCAGUUAGCAAUAUAAACUUUAUUGACUUUGUCAAUUGAAGAUCUCAUACAAGCAUCAAAAUUUAUGUAUAAAAAAAAAAGUUUAGUUUGGCUAGUUGAGGCGUUGGGCCUUGCCUGGAUACAGAAAUUUUACUCUUCAUAGGUAGGAGCAGAAACGCACGAACCGUAUGCCUGCACCUCAAUGUUAAGCUAAUAUCCAUCCAUAUUACCCAAGAGCUCUUUUAAAUGAGAUAUGAAAGUAAUUGUGUAAUAUAUGAUCUAUCAAACUUUUAUAUAAAUUAAGUCCAUUUAACAGAGCAUAAUACCUGAAUAUUUUGUAAAUAUAAACAAAUUUAUUUGUGAAACAACAAAUAUGUUCUACUUCAUGAUUGAAGCUAUAUACUAACUUUUUUGAGAUAUUUUUAAAUGAAGAAUUUUAAUAACUGCAGUGUUCCAGUAUAUAUUUUGUCUAUACAGUGUCACCUGAGAAAGUGAGUGAUACAGAAAAAGGAAGAAUGUACCACUCCAUGACAACUAUCAGUCUUUUCUUGAAUCUUCCCUGUCUUACCUCAGGAGGACAUCCAACCUAGGAUUUUUUUUCUAUCGUGUAUAAUUCCAGGAUGAUUUUAGAGUUGCAUGCAAAUUUUGGAAAAUAUUCAUUUAAAAUGUUAAUUCAAAACAGACAUUGGUGCUUAUAUAGUUUAUUAAUUUCUUUUGAGUAAAUAGAAACGGCUACAUUUUAAAGGAGUACAUGGGAUGUUGUAAUGUUUAUACCUCUAGCAAACAUCUUGGUAGUAUAAAUGAAGUGGAAAACCAUUUUACAGUUUUGACUCAGAAACACCAAGAAGUACUUUUUAGCUAAAGAACAGUUACCAGAAACUUAAUUGAAGAAAUCUAUACCAUUCUGCUUGACACAACAUGUAUUCAAGUAUUGCUUUCAACAGCCUUGACUAUGGAGGAGGAUCACCAAAUUUAACAUAAUAAAGAUCUAUAAAUUUAUGCAGCAAAAUAGAAAGGAAAUUUAUAAAAUCUGGAAUUUCUAAUAGUCCUGCUUGUCUUUAUUGCUCACUAAUUUGAAAUGAGAGUUACCUUCAUACUGUUUAUAGUCUUAGAAUUUUUUUUAGAAUAUCUAAACUGUAUCCCUUAGAAAGUUUUCUGUAUCCACAUUUUUUUUUCAAUUAAGUUUUCAUAUUCGAUUUCAUCCUCACAUAAAGAGUUACAUACUUUUUCAGUCUUUUUGUAGAAUUAUUUCUUCGAAAAUUUUAUUCGUUUUGUGCUUGAACUUCAAAAUAAUACAAUUUUUUUAUCUUUUUAAAUUGGAGAUCUAAAUGUUUUUAUUUGCUCAUCCAUUCCAAGUUGUGAUUUUUCACCAAAUUCUUUCAUAAAAGUGAUAUUAGGUUCCACUUAGGGACUGUCUUCAACUAGAUCCAAAAUAUUUGUCUAUAGUCUAUUUCUUUACCUAUUGAAGUAUUUUAGUUUCUUCUAAUCAAGAUCUCUUUUCUUUUGUAUAGUUAUAGGCACCUGUCCAUUUGGUAAUACACACAAUUUUUGGAGAAUAUGAUUUUCUUUUGGGUAAUGUUAGAAAUAAAUGAGGAAAAAGUGCUAGAUUUGUUGGGUCUUUGUCCCUCAGAACUUGAAUAACUUGUCUAGCUUCCAAGUCAGUCCUGGUUAAGUAGACCUAUACUAAAGUAUUCCAGGUGUGAUCUAAUCUUUUACAGGCAUAACUUCUCUGACUGCACCAUCAAAUAUGUCCAUGUGAUUUUUUUUUCUUUUGAAAAGCAGUAGGAUAUGAUUUGAGUGUGAAAUUGGUUGUUAUUUCUAGCAGGUUAAUUGACUAUGUAGAAUUUCACUCAUUAGGGCAAUAAAUACUAAUAAUUUACUAACAUUUGUUCAAUGAACUCUGAAUUUAAUAAAGAAAUCAAAUUUAGUAGAAACAAA